GGUUGGGCUCAGUGUUCGUGAGCGCUUCUCAAAAAAGGAGACGAAAAACUGAAGCGAAAGCGAUUUGGCACAAGUUCAUGUAGGUGCUGAAAUUUGACCAUAAAUCCGCGACGGAAUCAUGACGGAAACGCCCGAUAAGCGAAAACUGAGUGAAUUACGUGUGGUGGACCUGAAGCAAGAGCUGGAGAAACGCGGCAAGGAUGGUAAUGGGGUGAAGAAUGUGCUUCUCGAGCGGCUCACACAGGCGUUGCGUGAGGAAGGUCAUGAUCCGGAAACGAUAGAAUUUGAGAUUGUGGUUGGUAAAGCGUCGGUAAAGAAGGGCAAAGCCAAUGCAGGUGGCAAGACGGAUGAAGAAUCCAACAACACGGAUGCGUCGGCCUGCGCAGAUCAAAAUGCUGAUGCAUCGGAGACCACCAAUAGCGCAACGUCCGAACCCGAAAAACUGUGCGAGGAUGAGCUGGUAGUCAUCAAGGAUGAAACGAAAGAUGAAGAUGAGGAUGAACAUGACGUUCAAGCUAAACCGGUGCAACCGGAAGACAGUGAGGAGAAAGAAGAGGUGGAAGAGGAACCGAUCGUGAAGCAGGAGAAGGACGACUUUGUGAAGCCAGCAGAAUGUGUCACGCAGGAAAAAGUGACCCCGAAACAGGAGCAAACCAAACCGGUCGACAUAAAGGAGGACUCGAAAGAAACGGACAAUGAGGAUUCGUUGAAUCUUACGAUCGGCGAGGAAGAUGAAAAGUUGCUUCACGACAGCAACAUGGACACAGAUCAGAAGGAGGUCGAAACACCAAAAAAGGAACAAUCGGUGGCUUCAAAGACAAAGGAAAGUGCUUCGGAGGAGUCUAAGAAAAAUGACGAAAAACGCGAAGGAAAGAUCGAGAAAAACGUGGUUGCCUCCAGCAACUCGGAGAAAGACGGCGCGGCCACAAAAACAACAGCAUCAUCGACGGCGGCUUCAGCACGAUCCGGCGGCGAAAAAGCGUCGGCAGCUGUGCCCGCAAACACCACGUCCGCCUCAUCGGGCGGCGCUGCAGGGGGUGAUGAAAAAGCAAAGGGCAGCUCGGACGGUGGAAGCGGCGGCGGCGGCACGGCUGCUAACGUCGGUCGUAACCUGUGGGUAUCGCGACUGUCCUCGCUAACGCGGGCCACCGAUCUGAAGCAAAUCUUUUCCAAGUAUGGUAAAGUGAUCGGUGCCAAGGUGGUCACCAACUCGCGAACCCCCGGAACGCGUUGUUACGGAUACGUCACGAUGGCAUCGGCGAAGGAUGCGACGGAGUGCAUCAACCAUCUGCACCGUACCGAACUGCACGGCCGGUUGAUUUCGGUUGAACGGGCAAAAUCGGAACUUGGUCCGGCUCGCUCAGCUUCCACCGGAACCGAUUCUUCAUCCGCAACGAAAGUGACCACCUCGAACGGCAAUGCUUCCACGAAGAGUUCGUCCGGCGGUAAAAGUGACGCGGUCAAACCCAAAUCUUCAUCUUCAUCCAACGAUAAGAAGAAGAAUGGAGAGGUUUCCAAGUCGACGUCCACCACGACCACUUCCGAUAAAGACAGAAAACCCGCGCCCAAAGAUCGUCCAAAACCACGACCUGUUCGGCCAGCAGGUUCUUCGGAUGCGAAGCGGCCGGUGUCGGCUGGUGCAUCGAGAGGUGGUGGCGCGGGAGGCGAGAAGAGUUCCACUGGAACAGGGCGGAAAAGCAGCGACACCGCAGCAACAACAACGGCAUCAGCAUCGGCAGCAACGACAACAACCGCACCAGCGUCCGGUCGGCGCAGUCGCGAUCGGAGCCGUUCAUCGCGCGAUCGACGUUCGAAUACGCACGGAUCGUCCCAGGUACGAGACCGCGAUCGUGACCGUGACCAGCGUCAACAGCGCAGCCGAGGCAGUAGCCGUGGAGCGGCUGGAGCAGCAGGAUCAGCGGCAACCGCCAGAGAGUCAUCGCGCGACUCUCGUGAAGUUCUGUCUUUGCAGAAGAUCCGCGAGGAACGGGAACGCCAUCGACUGCGGGAACGCGAGCGUCAGUUGCGCGAGGAGGAACGACGGCGGCGGGAGAUCCGGGCCCGGCAGCGCGAGGAGGAGGAUCGACUGCAACGAGAGCGGGAAAAACUGGCGGCCGAGCGGGAGCGUAUCGAAAAGGAGAAAGCGGAACUGCUGCGGAUCGUGCGCGAACGGCAGAAGCUCGAGCGCGAGAAGAUCGAACUCGAGCAUCUGGAGCUGAAACAGCAGCAAAGGAAGAUCGAGGAGGCAAAGAGGUCGUUGAAGCGUCCUUCGACCGAUCGGUACGACGAUGACCGCAAGCGGCCUGCACCGGAUCGUCGUGUAGAGGCGCCACCGCCGCCCAGGUUCGAUUCCUCGAUCUCGUCUGGUUCUGGAAGACGCAGCAACAACUAUGAUCGCAUUUCGUCGUCCGACAAAAAGGCUCGCCUGGACGAUUAUCCGCCAUCGUCCUCGUCAUCCUCCUCCAAGCGCGACGAUUUCAGAAGGGACAGCUUCAAACGCGGAGGUGACGAUUAUAGGCGCGGUGGUGAUGAUUACAAGCGCGGAAGCGGUGGAGACGAUUACAAGCGUUCCGGUGGGGACGAUUUUAAGCGCGACUCGCGGGACGAUUACAAAUCCAGCAGCGGCCGGUCGGGCGAUGACUACGGCAAACGGGACAGUGGCUACAGCAAGCGCGAUCUGGAUCGUCCCAUUUCUAGCUCGUACGAUGCUCGCGGCAGCGGUGGCAGUGGGCUGUUGUCGCAAUCGCUUGGCAAGGAAGGACGGUACAGCGACCGUUCGAAUGACUACCGUGGCAGUGGUGGUGGUGGUGGUGGUGGUAGCGGUGGAGGUGGCACCAGCGGAGGCAGUGGAAGCGGUCUCAAUGGUAGUGGUAGUGGAGGAGGCCGCGGAGGUGGAGACGAUCGCGAUCGCAACUCGUCUAGCGGUCGGUAUGGAAACGAUCGUACGAGCGGUGGCAACAGCACGAAUUCCGGUGGCAAUUGGCACACCAGUGCGGGGUUGUCGCAGAUCAGCGGAAUAUCGUCGCUGGGAAAUUGGGGCGACAAAGCGAACGACGGUGGUGGUAGUGGCGGUGGGGGCGGUUGGCGCAAUCUGGACAAUGGCCAGGAUCGGUACGAUCGCACGUACAACGAGCGCAAACCGAUACCGAUGUCUUCGGGUGGCGGUGGUUUCAUGGAUCAGCCACGCACGAACCAGUUUAUGGGUGGAAGUGGCGGUGGCAGGCCUCAGGAUCGGUACGGACAGUCGAUGUCCAACCGGUUCGACAAUGCUCGAUACUAGCAAGCCUCGCUUAUACUGAGCAGCGCGUUUUAAACAUUUGAAGCUUACUCUUCAAUUCCACCGUCGUUUAGAAGGAGAACAAUCAACGGUAUCAACUUUCCUACGUAGGGUACACGUGCACUUGAUUCAACUAUAAACCCAAUUCUUAUACAGUAGUAGUGUUCGUCAGGAGGCCAGCAUCGUUAAGGGGCGGCCUCGGGAACGCCCGCCCAACCGCAGGCAUCUUAAGACAGAUUAACCUCGAUUAGAUCGUUGCUACGCCACGUAGGGAAAAAGGACUAGUUUUUAAAAACAAUUGUUCCGACUAGGAUACACGUAAUGCGUGUAUAUUUUUAAUAUUUCGAAAAUAAACAACAGGGCAAAUCCAUCACACCAACAACAGCGUUUAACGGUCGAUAUACGUUCCUACACUCGACCCGGAUUAACGGGGUUCGAAUAGCCAACUGUGAGAAUGUGGGAUUGUCGCUCGUACAGUAAGUGCAGUAAAAGCCGCUAUCUAA